AUGGACGACAAAUUAGCUGGCAUGGAGCAUUCUGAGGCUCAUUAUUUCAACAGUUACAAUCAUCAUGGCAUUCACGAAGAGAUGCUGAAAGAUGAGGUCCGCACAAAGUCCUACAGAGAUGCUAUCUACCAGAACCGUCACCUUUUCAAGGACAAGGUUGUUCUCGAUGUCGGAUGUGGUACAUCCAUCCUCAGCAUGUUCGCUGUGAAGGCAGGAGCCAAGCAUGUUAUUGGCGUCGACAUGUCUAGCAUCAUUGAGAAGGCGCGCGAAAUUGUCGAAGUCAACGGCAUGUCGGACAAGAUCACUCUCCUCCAAGGAAAAAUGGAAGAAGUUCAGCUUCCUUUCCCCAAGGUUGACAUUAUCAUCUCGGAGUGGAUGGGCUACUUUCUCCUGUAUGAAAGCAUGUUGGACACUGUUCUCUAUGCGCGUGACAAGUACCUUGUCCCCAACGGUCUCAUCUUCCCGGACAAGGCCACCCUUUUCCUGGCCGGUAUCGAGGAUGGAGAGUACAAGGAGGAAAAGAUUGGAUUCUGGGACAAUGUGUACGGCUUUGACUAUACUCCCUUGAAGCAAACCGCAUUGACCGAGCCGCUUGUCGACACUGUUGAGCUCAAGGCUGUCGUGACCGAUCCUACUCCCAUUCUCACUCUGGAUCUUUACACCGUCCAACCCAGCGAUCUCGCCUUUUCGUCUACUUUUGCUCUCAAUGUCCGCCGAGAGGACUUUGUCCACGCCCUUAUUGCUUGGUUCGACAUUGAUUUCACUGCCUGCCACAAGCCGAUCCGCUUCUCGACUGGACCCCACAGCAAGUACACCCACUGGAAGCAGACUGUGUUCUAUAUCCAGGACGUCCUCACCGUCGAGGCUGGCGACAAGAUUACGGGUCUGCUUGAGAACAAGCCCAACUCCAAGAACAAGCGGGACCUUGACAUUAAGAUCUCGUAUGAAUUUGAGCCGGCCGACCCGACCCGGAAAGCAGGCGGAUCCUAUGAGUACAAGAUGUGA